GGGUAAGAUGGCGGCGCCCGUCCUGCUGCGAGUGUCGGUGCCGCGCUGGGAGCGGGUGGCCCGCUCCGCGGUAUGCGCGGCCGGCAUCCUCCUCUCCCUCUACGCCUGCCACGUGGAGCGCGAGAAGGGCCGCGACUUCCACUACCAGGCUCUGUGCGACAUCACCGAGCGGGUCCGCUGCUCCUCUGUCCUCAGCUCCAGAUGGGGUCGAGGAUUUGGUCUGUUGGGUUCCAUCUUUGGAAAAGACAGUGCAAUAAAUCAGCCAAACAGUGUUUUUGGACUCGUGUUUUAUAUACUACAAAUGUUACUUGGUAUGACAGCAAGUGCAGUAGCAGCUCUAAUCCUCAUGACAUCCUCCAUAGUCUCUGUAGUAGGGUCUUUGUACUUGGCAUAUAUUCUGUACUUCGUGCUGAAGGAAUUUUGCAUUGUCUGCGUCAUCACAUAUUUGCUGAACUUCAUUCUCUUUAUCAUCAACUACAAACGACUAGUUUAUUUGAACGAGGCCUGGAAACGGCAACUUCAACCCAAACAGGACUAACGCCUGUUUGAACUUUUGACUGACAGUCUGAAGACCCAACUUCCAUUAAGUUUAUUUUGCAGUAAUUUUUUAUUCUUCAUAUCAGAUACUUUCCCUGAGAAUCAUAACUGAAUUUUUUAAUUAUAAAUUGGAAGGGGCCCUAGAUAAUUUUUUGUGCUAAUAUUCAAUUUAAAUGUGGUUAUGAAAGAAAGCUCUAAUACAAUCAAAGACAAGCUUUAACUUUACUUUAAAGGAGUCUUAGCCACAGCAAAACUAGACUCUCCCUCCUUCCCCUCCGCUUGUGAAGUGGUAACACUUGCUACAAGAUAUCCUGUAUAUAAAUUCAAUUUCAGGUAUAAUGAGAUGUGAUCAUGACAUUAAAUAUUCUAGAAUAGCAUUACCAUAUUUAAUGUUGCCAUGUUUACAGUAUAUGUAUUACUUUUUUUUUUAAGCUGAUGGACUUAGAUUUGACUGGGACUUAUACUGUAAAUAAAAUUAGAAAUACUGGUUUCAUCCCUGGAGAACUCACUGUACAAUCAGUUUUGUUAGCCUAGGAGGUUUCAGAGUGUUCCGCUAAGAGGUGACUGAGACGAUGGAAAGAGUGACUUCUGUAGAGAAAACGUUGCUGCACUCGCUGCUAGUGCUUUCACAAAAAUGGUAGUUGGAUUUGUUCCUUUUUUUUUCUCUCCACUAAUGAAAAUGGAAUUAAAGCUGAAACUUGAAGUAUACCUAUUAAACCACAAUUUCAUUAACUUCUGUACAGAAUGAAAAUAGCUAAAUGUGGUCAACAGAAAGCUACCAUUGGGAUAUUAUAUACAGAUUGGGGGUUGGUGUGUCAAAGAUCUCUUUGAAAUGGCUUAAUUUCCAUGCAGAGCUAUGUUUUCAUUUUAAACUGCUGUCAGACAGCCAGUGUUACUGAUGUUUGAUGUUAUGUGAAUGCUGCAGUAUAGGAUUGCAAUUUGCAGUGGAAACCACUGACUGAGUGGAAUAACCAAGCAGUGCACUGAAUAAGCAGAUACUUAAUUGAUCUUGGUCAGGAUCUUUGGCCUGUGCUAUAUUGGGAAAUGAACUUUAGGACAGAUGCACACAAGGUCCCUUGGAAGGGCAGUCUGUUUAGUGAGAUAAAUAAGUAAAUGUGCUCCUGAAAAUGAAAUGUGAUAGUGCUAUCAUUGCUCUUUCUAAUAACUAAUUAAAAAAAAAUUAAACUACAGAUUUAAGCACCUGAACAAAAUUGUAAAUGUUGUUUCUGCACUCAGUAUUCUAAGGGUGAAUGUUAAAAGUGCCUUCUGUCUUGAAAUCUUAAACCAAAUACUUUGUGUUGAACUUGGCAGGCAGAAGUGUCCUUGCUUGAAAAAUGAACAAACAAAAAGGAAAAAAAAACAGCAACAAAAUUGCUGGGAAUAGAAGGUGUUCAGAUAUCUAUUUUAGUUUUUAGACUGAGAAGUGGUAGCAAUAUUAUUUCAGUUAACUUAAAUCAAUGUGACGGAAGGCUGAUAACAUGAUCCAGAAAAGUAAAAUACUUGUGUUUCAGACUCUGACACCAAAACAAAUAGGUUUGGCUACUUUCUGUAAUUGGUGCUGUGCUGCUUUGUGCCCUUGUCAGCCUCUAAAUAUGACAAGUUCCAACUGCAUACCCAUUUAUUUAAAGAGUUAGUUUAACUAUUUUAGUUUUUUCCUUAAACAUGAAUGUCUAAGAGACACGUUGUAUUGCUAAGUGGAUUAUAAACACUAAGUUGCUGAGGAUAAACUUGACUGAAACAUGCAGUGUUCAGUAGAGAAGAUAGGAUUUUUAGACUGAACUCACAACAUAGUAUUUAAAUUACUCCUGAGGUAAUUUUCUGGUUUGUAUCCAGGAUGCAGUUGGAAACUGCUUUAUGUAUAAAGUUCUGUGGUAUGAGUAACAUCUGUUGCAUGUAACACUAAAUUACUUGUCCCUCUUGUCUAACAGUUUUAGAUGACAAUUCAUUUUGUAUUGAUCAGAGUAUAGUUAAAGCUUGUCUUGAUGUUUAGUUCUGUCUGUAAAAUGCCUUGAAUUUCGAUGUGAGGGGAGUGGACAGUGUUAAAUUGGUCCCUCAAGGCUUUGCUCUGUCCUUUUAUAAGCCUUGAGGCAAUACCGCUGUUUAAUGUGUUGUAUAGAUUUGUUUGGAUGCAUUCCUGUGAUCUACACUAAGGCAUCUUUUCAUCCAAGGAAGAGGUGAAUACGUGCUGCCUGAAAUGGUUAGUCACAGUGCUAAUACCUCAGAACAAACAGCAAUGGAGACAAAUAUAAUCAAUGAUUAUUGGUCCAAUUUCUGGUUUAAUGCACACUAAAAAAGGAGAAAAGCCCCAUCAACUGAAAGCAUAGAUGUUGGCUAACUUCACUGUGUCUUGUGCUUGUCUGUGUGGGCAUAGUUAAUUCACAUUGUUGAGUAAAAUUGUUUAGGGCCAGAUUUUCAGAGUUUGUGUCUGCAGUCCUUGUUUGUGUGCACAUGGAGAUCAAAUGAAAAAUUAGCUUGGUCUCUGGAAGAAUUUGCAGCUAUACUUUGUGCACAGUCUUGCAAAUCUGAUCCUUAAUUGUGAACUUUUUGUCUUGUGUGCUUUUCUUACAGUUACUUUUUACUGGAAGUGAUUUGCUAGAAGUGGCCCUAAUUUCUUUUUCUCUUUUGUGCUUUAGAAAUGCAGUUGGCGUGAAUAAAGGGCAAAAUAAUAUCAGCAGUAGAAA